UAAUUUGAGCGAAAGGGGUGGGCAGGGGAUAUGGCACGCCAUUAACUUCCAGCGUCUUUGGUGGAGACUUCAGUGAUUAGAGACAAGAUCUGAGCAGCCAACUUCCCUUCCUGGCAGUCGCAGCCCGUCGAGUGAUUCGUGUAAAUCACUACCGGAAAGCAACAGGAGAACGUCAUUCUCAGCUGAGACUGAUGUACUGCAGCAGCGAUGUCACAGCUGUAUUACAAGAAAGCCGACAACUCCUCAUACAGGGACCGCAUCCCUCUCCGGAUUGUGCGGGCAGAAUCUGAACUGUCUCCCAUGGAGAGGGCCUAUCUGGGGGCUGUUGAGAAGGGGGACUAUGCCAGUGUGAAGCAAGCCCUGGAGGAGGCUGAGAUCUACUUCAGGAUCAACAUCAACUGCAUUGACCCACUGGGACGCACAGCCCUGCUGAUUGCCAUUGAGAACGAGAACCUAGAGAUCAUUGAGCUGCUGCUCAGCUAUAAUGCACAUGUGGGUGAUGCCCUGCUGCAUGCCAUCCGCAAAGAAGUAGUGGGGGCUGUGGAGCUGCUGCUCAACCACAAGAAGCCACGUGGAGAGAAACAGGUUCCACCAAUUCUACUGGACAAACAGUUUUCAGACUUCACCCCAGACAUUACUCCAAUCAUCCUUGCAGCUCACACUAACAACUAUGAAAUCAUCAAACUGCUUGUGCAGCGAGGUGUUUCGAUACCUCAGCCUCAUGCAGUGCGUUGCAACUGUGUGGAAUGUGCGUCCAGCUCCGACGUGGAUGGCCUGCGUCACUCACGCUCUCGUCUUAACAUCUACAAGGCCCUCGCCAGCCCAUCUCUCAUCGCCCUCUCCAGUGAGGACCCUUUCCUUACUGCUUUUCAGCUAAGCUGGGAACUGAAGGAGCUCAGCACAGUAGAGAAUGAGUUCAAGUCAGAAUAUGAGGAGCUGUCCCGGACAUGUAAACAAUUUGCAAAGGACCUCUUGGACCAAACCCGAAGCUCUAAGGAGCUGGAGAUAAUCCUCAACUAUCGUGAUGACAUCAACCCACUGCUGGAUGAGAGCAUGAAUGAUCUGGCCCGACUGAAGCUGGCAAUCAAAUAUUGCCAGAAAGAGUUUGUUGCUCAGCCAAACUGCCAGCAGCUGCUAGCGUCUCGGUGGUAUGAUGAAUUCCCUGGCUGGAGGAGGCGUCACUGGGCAGCAAAGCUCAUCACUUGUAUCUUCAUAGGCCUCCUCUUUCCACUGUUAUCCAUCCUCUACCUGAUCUCCCCAAAGAGUCGCUAUGGCUUGUUCAUCCGGAAGCCCUUCAUCAAGUUCAUCUGUCACACUGCUUCUUACUUGACCUUCCUCUUCCUGCUGUUCUUGGCUUCGCAGCAUAUUGCUCCUGCAAAACGAAACCUUCAAGGCCCACCACCCACCACUGUGGAAUGGAUGAUCUUGCCUUGGGUGCUUGGCUUUAUAUGGACUGAGAUCAAACAGAUGUGGGAUAGUGGUUUCGAGGAUUACAUAGAUGACUGGUGGAACUUGAUGGAUUUCAUUAUGAACUCCUUGUAUCUUGCAACCAUUUCUCUGAAGAUUGUUGCAUAUGCAAAGUACAAUGGGGAGAAAUGCAGAGGCACAUGGGAAAUGUGGCACCCUACUUUGGUGGCAGAGGCAUUGUUUGCCAUCGCCAACAUCUUCAGCUCCUUGCGCCUCAUCUGCCUUUUCACUGCCAACUCCCAUCUGGGGCCUUUACAGAUUUCACUGGGCCGCAUGCUUCUGGACAUCCUGAAAUUCCUCUUCAUCUACUGUCUGGUGCUGUUAGCCUUUGCCAAUGGUCUCAAUCAGCUCUACUUUUACUAUGACACAGAUAAGAAGGGAUGCAAGGGUAUUCGCUGUAGUACGCAAAACAACGCUUUCUCAACGUUGUUUGAAACACUGCAGUCAUUAUUUUGGUCUAUAUUUGGCCUGAUUUCUCUCUAUGUGACCAAUGUGGAACCAGAACAUAAAUUCACAGAAUUUGUGGGCAGCACCAUGUUUGGUACUUAUAAUAUCAUCUCCCUGGUAGUGCUUCUAAACAUGCUAAUUGCGAUGAUGAACAACUCCUACCAGCACAUUGCUGAUCAUGCAGAUAUAGAGUGGAAAUUUGCAAGAACAAAAUUAUGGAUGAGCUAUUUUGAAGAAGGAGGAACUUUGCCAUCUCCAUUCAAUAUAAUACCCAGUCCAAAGUCUGUUUAUUAUCUAAUUGGAUGGGUUAAGAAACAUUUGUUUCGGAGACCAAGCAUAAAAAGACUUGAAACCUUUGGAACUUUGGGGAGACGUGCAGCUGAAAAUGUGAGAUUAAACCAUGAGUAUCAGGAGGUUUUGAGGAACCUUGUGAAGCGGUAUGUGGCUGCAAUGAUCAGAGAUGCCAAGACGGAAGAAGGGUUGACAGAAGAAAAUUUCAAGGAGCUUAAGCAGGAUAUCUCCAGCUUCCGCUAUGAAGUUCUGGGAAUGAUGAAGACAAGACCUCAUGGUGUGGCCAGUAAGAUUGCAAGCUCUACCUUGGCUUACCCUGGAAACUCAUUCAAAUAUUCUCCCAAAUUCCCUACUGAUGAAUCUCAACAAAAUCUGAACAUGUUUGAUGUAAUCACCACCACCACCCUGCAGAGUGGAGCCGCCAACACCACCAGCUCUGUUUGCUCUAGUAGGCUAGCCAAUGGUUCGGUUGUUUUGUCCAUAACAGGAAAGACUCAGAACGAGCUAUCCAAAGAAGUUUCAAAUGCUGCAUGCCUUCAAAGACAAAGUAAACUCCCCUCUCAGAAGCAUGAUGAAAGAAAUUCAUUGUCAGAAGAAGGUAUUUCAGAAUCAGGUGGACAGAACCAAGAACAACUACAUAUUGUGGAAGUCUUCCAGAAAGUGGAGGACAUUCAGACGAUUGAACAUUCUUGCAAAGAACGUGCGAAGAAAGUGAAAAAUGGACCUAAAAAGUAUAAAAAUUAAUCUGUCAGUAAGUGAAAAAUGUAAAUCAUGCCAUUGCAACAUUUUCCAUUUUAAUUUUUAAAUGUUCAUUUAUUCAUUUACCAGUCAGUCUGGUUUAUUGUAAAGAGGUCACUCAUGUUAAACAGUACUGUAGUUAAAUAGCAUAUUCAAUUUAUUUUAUUUUUUUUAUUUAUUUAUUUAUUUUUGUCUGCAUUUGUUCUCAUUGUUUAACUCCACAAAAGGGGAGUCAACAUUAUAUGAGAUUGAUGCAUAUUUUAGUCUUGCAGCCAAAUAUUUUAAUAUUUAGUGCAUGUGUGUGACCAUCACCGGCCCUCCCUGAAAGCUAAGCAGAUAUUCUUUAUUAGAAUUCCCUAUUAUGAGCCAGGGAGGGCAGUGCUACACCUCAGUGAUGUGUGGGGGAAACAAAGACUGGACAGGACGAACAGGACGAACAGGAUGAACAGGGAUAGAAAAUAACAGGCGUUGCUAUUGCAAUUAAAGAUUGUAAGGUGGUGUGUUAUGCCCAACUACUAAUUGCCCAUCAAUAAAAAAAAUAAAUAAAUAAAUAAAAAUUUGAAAAAAGAAAAGAAAACCAAACCAACACAAAAGAAAAAGAGAUUCAAUAAUAAAUGAACAAAUGGUACUGAGCACCAUAAUUGUGGGUGUCUUGAUAGUAUAGAAUAGAAUAGAAUAGGCCAGAAAAGGAUACUAGUGCGAGAGAGAAUGAGUUUAGGGUAGAGACUGGAGAAAUUCUCAGCACAUUCUGGCGGGACCCAUCAAUCGCUGAAAUGGGACUCGGCAGUAGCUGGCAAGACCUGAUCAAACAUGCAAGUGUGAAGAACCCCGAAGCCCAGAACAGCAGUCACGGCAAGGCAGGGCCAAGUCAACAGGGCAUCCCUCCCCCCGGGCCGUAGGAGCCACAGGGCGGCACCCCCAGAGAGCCACCGGGGCCACCGUGAACGACGCGAACCCGGAGAACAAGAGGGAGCAGCUACUGACACCCCCUGCGCGCCCAGACCGACCCAGGUGGCCCGGGGCACGAGGACCCACCCGCCACCCAAACCCUAACCCCGCCCCCCCCCGCCCCCCCCACA